AUGACACGCCACGCUAAAUCGCACGACGGAAUAAAACUUCAAUGUGCUCUAUGCCCGAAAUCGUUCGCGCGUAAAGACAACCUUGCCGAACACGUCAAAAUCGUUCAUUGUGACGGAAGAGUCGCCACGCCGACUAUUUCUCCGCAGGCCGGACCAUCUACAGGACCAUCGACUUCAACCGUGCCAUGGACUACCGACGAAGAAAAUGACGAGCUGUUUAUGGAAAUCGAUAUGGAUAAAGGUAAGAUUUCUUUUAUUAUGGCCCACCACAUAGCGAGGGAAAAAUUAUUAUAA